UUUUUUUCAAUUGACAAAAAACAAAUUCAUAUAAAAUGUUUUCCGAUAACCAUCAAACAUUUUAUGAUAUUCUUAACAUCAAAAAUGAUGCAACAAUUGAUCAGAUUAAAAAAAAUUAUCGUUCAUUAGCAUUGAAAUAUCAUCCGGAUAAGAAUCUAGAUAAUGUUGUUGAAACGACAGCUAUAUUUAAUCGUAUACAAGAAGCAUAUGAAAUACUUUCUGAUCCAGAGAAACGUAAUUGGUAUGAUAAUCAUCGUGAUGUAUUUCAUAAAGAUUUGGUUGAUGUUUCAGAAUAUGAAAUUGAUGAAAAAUAUUUUCAACCAAAUUGUUAUAAUGGUUAUAAUGAUGAUGAUAAUGGUUUCUAUACUGUUUAUAGAAAAUUAUUUGAAGAUAUUAUUGCACAAGAAAUUCGCUUCUAUGAUGAUCCAAAGGAUUUUGAAUAUCCAACAUUCGGUGAUUCUAAUAGUGAUCUGAAAUCGGUUAAAUAUUUUUAUGAUAUUUGGCAAAGUUUUAAAACGGUUAUUAGUUUUAAUCAAUUGGAUAAAUAUGAUAUUCGACAGGCACCAAAUCGUCGUUUCGGUCGAUUUAUGGAACGAGAAAAUGAAAAAAUCCGAGAACAAGCGCGUAAACAACGAAAUUUAAAUAUUCAGAAAUUGGUCAAAUGGUUGCGUAGUCGCGAUAAACGAAUGAAAAAGUAUGCUGAACAUUUAGCUGAAAAGAAUCGUGAUAAUCGAAAAAAAUCCGAACAACAACGACGGAAAAAAAUUCAAGAAAAUCUAAAUAUUAGUAAUAAUUAUGUCGAAACGAAUGGUUUUAAAUUGUCGGAAGAACAAUGGCUAGAAUUGGAAGCAACACUCGAUAAUGAAGUGGAAAAUAAUCGACAAAUGAAAAAAGAAAAAAAGAAUAAAACAACACAGCCAACAACAAUAGUUGAUGAUAGUAUUGAUGACAUGGAAAUCAUUGGAACUCGAAUAGAAUCCAUUGAUUUAGAACCACAAUCCCAAAUCGAUCCGGAUGAUGAUGGUAGAAAUAAUAAUCAAAUUGAUUGUGCUAACAAUGAUGAUAAUGAUGAUACGAAUUUACUGUAUAUUUGUGAUGUUUGUAAUAAGAAUUUCAAAAGUUUAAAUUCAUAUAAUAAUCAUCUUAAAUCGAAAAAACAUUUAAAUAAUGUUAAAUUAUAUGUACAAAUGGCGGCAAAUGAUAAUGAUGAUGAUGAUGAUGAUGAUUAACAAAUUAU